AAGCCUAGGGGGGGGGGCGGGCUACGGAAGUGCUGAACCCGGUAGCGCUGGGCGGGAAAGGCCGCUGGGGGCCAGCGCAGGCUGGCGGCGGGGCGGAGGAUGCUGAAGUUGGCCGCGGGGCUGUUGGUAGCGGCCGCCGUGGCUCUGGUGCUGGAUUGGUACGCACCGUCCCAGGGGCUGUAUCCGCAGGGACCGCGCCGCCGCCGGGCUCCUCAGCUCGGUCCCGGCGCGGAGGCCGCCGGGCUGCUUUGGGUGGUGCAGGUGUCGGAUAUUCAUAUCAGUAGAUUUUGGGAUCCCAAACGAACUUCAGACUUUGAAAAAUUCUGUUCCGAAACAGUGGAUGUAAUUCAGCCAGCACUUGUUCUAGCAACAGGUGACCUGACAGAUGCUAAGACAAAAGAUAAACUGGGAUCUGAACAGAUAGAAGUAGAAUGGCAAACUUACCAGUCAAUCCUGAAGAGAUCAAGGGUCAUGGAAAAAACCAAGUGGAUAGAUAUCAAAGGGAAUCAUGAUUCAUUCAACAUUCCUCACCUGGAUAAUGUCCGAAAUUAUUACAGGAAAUACUCUGCCUGGAGUAAAGAUGGCUCUUUCCACUACCUUCACACCACCUCUUUUGGGAACUACUCAUUCAUCUGUGUGGAUGCCACACUCAGCCCAGGCCCCAAGAGACCAUAUAAUUUCCUUGGGAUUUUAAACACGAAUCAAAUGGAAGAGCUAUCUUUGAUGACAGCAGAAAGUCUUCACAGCAAUCAUACUAUCUGGUUUGGCCACUAUCCCACCUCAACAAUCAUCUCCCCAGCUCCAGGAAUACGAACACUAAUGAAUUCUGCCACAGCCUAUUUAUGUGGACACCUCCACACCCUGGGUGGGCUGAUGCCAGCCUUGUACACUCAGCACUCUGGUGGCACUUUGGAGCUUGAACUGGGAGACUGGAAGCACAACAGGAGGUACCGGAUCCUGGCGUUUGAUCACGACCUCCUCAGCUUUGCAGAUCUUACCUUUAAUGAGUGGCCUGUAGUUCUCAUCACCAACCCCAAAUCCCUCCUUUACAGCAGUGCUGCUCAUGAACCACUGGUCAGAAUUCUUUAUUCCACUCACAUCAGAAUUCUGGCCUUCUCUCCUUCUGGCAUCACCUCUGUUGAAGUCUAUAUAGAUGGAGUUCACCUGGGGAGUGCACAUCAGGCAUCUGGCCCUCUCUAUGUGCUGAGGUGGAGCCCCCAGAACUACAGUGAAGGGUUCCAUCACAUAAAUGUGACUGCCCAGGAUGCCUCAGGAAGAACUAGCACACAGAGUCAUAUAUUUGCUUUGGAAGAAAAUCUCUCUCUUAGGUUUGGCUUUUGGGCAUCUGUUGUUCUUCUCACUGACUUCUAUCUUCUAGCUCGUGUGCUCUUUGGGCUGAUGGUGCUGAUUCAGAUUGCCUUGAUCAUUGUUUUCAGAUACCUCCAAAAGCCAGCACUCAGAGAAAAGCCAGGAUUACUUACUCUGACCUCGUAUUCCCUUCAUGUCUCCAGUAAAACAGACACCUUUUAUUACUCUGUUCUGGUUCUGAACUUAUACACCAUACUGGGACCAUGGUUUGUAGGUGAACUGAUAGAUGGCCAGCUGGGGGCCUGUUUUUCCUUUGGAGUGUUCACUGGUGGUUCCUUCUUACAGGGUGGUCUGACAUUUUUCAUUGGGAUUUUACAGAUGUUGUUUUUCAACCUGCCACUAAUGGCCUAUCUGUGCUGGUGCCUGCUGCUGCGGUGCCAGGGUCACACCUUCCGCUCUCACCUCCGCCGGGGCCGUCGCCUGAAAGCUGUGCCCAUCUACCUGACCAUGACUCUCCUCCUGGCCUGGCAUGUCUACUCCUGCUACUUGCUGCAGAGAUCCUAUGGGACCUUGGCUUUCUUCUUCUCCCCCAUGAGGACGUGGCUGGUGGUGCUGACCCCGUUGCUGAUUCACAAAACCUGGACGCUGAAAUCAUCUCAGCUCAGAUCUUACAUAGUAGAAAUGAAAAACUGCCAAAGCUCCUGAAGUACAAUGUCAGUAUUCAACAUCCUGACUUAAAAACUGCCAAGGCACAACCUACUGGUUUGUGAUGCUGGAAUUCCCUACAGGCCAACGCUUUAAGUGGCAAGAUCUUAAGUUGUGCCUGCAUUGCUACAGACCUGUAUCAAAAAGGAAAUGUAAAAACUAUGUAUUAUACUUGUAAUAAACUGAAUAAUAUAUGUUAUAUAUAUUUCUUUUAAAUAGUAAUGCAAGGCAGUAGCAGGAAAAGUUGUGUGAGUUGUGACCAGGUGGAUGAUCAGCUGAGCCUGAUGGUAGAGCUAUGAGGAAGUAGAAAGGUUAAGGAGCAUCAGGGAGUCUGAGAGAGGGAGACUGGAGCAAUGCUCUGCCCUGCAGGAGACAAAAGCGCCUUGGGACCAUUGGUGAGGAAAGCUGGCACACAGGUAUUUUUUUUCCUCUCUACUUGGUCAGAGGCACUGGAGGAAACAGACAGACCCUGGCUCUGUGGCUGGUGUUACCACCACAAUUUGGGGUUUUUUGAUGAGGGGAUGGCUGACACAGCAGGCUUGCUGGCAUCAGAUGGGAUCCACCUUUCUUAAAGAGGCAGGGGAGUACUUGUGCAGGGCUCACUGACAGAACUUUAAACUAGAUGGGAAGGAGGGGGAUCACAUCAGGCUUCCCUGUGACAAGCUGUGGGAUGACAUGCCAAGGUCAAAGGGAUGGGUUGCUUGUAAGGGCACUCAUCCUGCUGCUCAGAGAUGUGCUGGACACACUGCAGCACACUCAAAGCCUUAUGGAGAUGAGCAAGGGGCUCCUGAAAUAAUAGGAGUGGACAUGGAAGCACUGGGGAAAUACCUCCAGGGACUUCAGUCACUCCAGACAGUAAAUCAGCUUCAUCAGGGGCCCAACUUAAAUGCCUUUAUGCCAGUGCACAUACUAUGGGGAAUAAACAAGAGAAGUUACAGACAUGUAUGUGCCUGCAGAGCUGUGACCUUGCUGGCAUCAUGGAGACAUAGUGGGGAUGACUACUCUGACUAGUGUUGGGAUGGAAAGAUACAGGCUCUGUAGGAAGGACAUGCAGGGGAGAAGAGGAGGGGUUGUUGCCCUCUGUGUUGCUGGAAUGCACAGAGCCCCACCCAGAGAUGGAUGAGGAACCAACUUGCUUUUGGUUCAGGAUUAAAGAGAGGGCAGGGACAUGAUAGUUGGGGUCUGCUGAAGGUCACCUUACCAGGAAUACAGAGCAGAUGAGGCCCUUACAGACAGGGGUAGCCUCAUGUUCACAAGCCCUUGCCCUGGUGGAGUUCAACCCCUCAGGUGUUGGAGGAACAGCCUAGCAGGGCACAGACAACCAAGGAGGUUCCUGGAAAGCACUGGUGAUAACUUCCAAGUGACAGAGAAGCCAAUGAGGAGUAACUGGCUGGUGAACAUAUCCUCUCCUUUGUUUACCACUGCCAAGGCUGCCAAUACUCCCACUUUGCCAGUGAAAGGACAGUGCCUGAUCAGUGCUGCUGGGCUUCCAGGCUGUAGUCAUGAAUUUAGCUUUAAAGCAAAGAAUGGAGACAAUGUCCUCAGGACUGAAGAGCCUGAUGGAAUCCUGUGGUCUGAUGUCUGUGAACAAGGGAGCCAGGGUGGUAUUUCUGGGUCUCAGUCCAAUGCACAAGAGUGACCUAGGAGAACUCACUAAUUUAAGUUUUUCUAAGCCUAAAAAGCAUAGAACAAUAAUAAUCUGGAGCCAAGAGACCUGAGGUGCCUUUAUCUUUAAGGGGGACACUGGCCAGCUUCAGAAAACUGCUGAGUGCAACAUUUAAAAUAAUUCAGGUAAUUUUUCAGUAACUUAUUUAUGGCUUGUCAAGAAAAUGGAUAUGUAACUUUAUGGCACCUUAGAA